CCUCAGAAAAAAGAGAAUUUAUAAUUCAAAGACUUUUUAUUCUUCUUGUUAAAACUCUUAAAAAACCAGGUGAAAUUAGAUUCACUUUUCGGAAAAAAUACCCUCAGUAGUCGUUUUAUUGACCAACAACUUAUUUUCAGUUAAACAAAAUAUGUUUUUGAAAAUCUAUUUAUGUCGAAGGGAAAUAACCCAAGGAAGCUGGUGUCCAGCUCUGAGGAAACUCAGAUCACGACAGUGAACGGCCCGCAAAAACAACGGAAUCUACCCUCCAUCAAAGCCUGAAACACCGUAACCGCAGAGAUUUUAGUCAUCUUGUGUUUGGAGAGGAAAUUUGGUUUUAAAUUUAAUUUAAUUGGUAGUAAACUAUGGUCUGGGCUCUGCUUCCUGCUGGUCCUUCCUCAGUUGAGGAAGAAGAUAAGUACUACAUUUUCAAGAAAGGAACGUAUAAAGUGGGUCGAAAAGGCUGUGAUAUCAUCAUUCACAAAGACAAGGGAGUCUCCAGAAUCCAUGCUCAUAUAAUAGUUGAUGAAAUGACUAAAUCUUCUCAAGUUCGAAUCAAAGAUUUGUCAAAGUACGGAACAUUCAUUAACAAGAAUCUCACUUCUAACAAAAAAGUACAUCAGUUUCCAAAUAAACAAACCUCUUUAGAAGAUGGGGACUUGAUUUCAUUUGGAACUGGGAAUGCAAACUACAGAUUCUCUUAUGUCCCACUUGUAUUCUAUAUCUGCUGUGAUGAGGCCUCCCAGAUGAAUCAUCAUCUUCAAGACAAAGUUUCAUCCAUUGGUGCUCGUCUUACUCAUGUUUUUGGUGAGGAGUGUACGCAUGUUCUCAUUGAUCAACACGUGCCCCUGCAAAGGGAUCUACUUGAUGCAAUUGUGGCUAAGAAACCUGUUUUACAUAGUAAUUGGCUUGAGCUUGUUGCAGACAAAAGCAUCGGCACUGAGUUUCCGGACUGCCAUUCUCAUUUUCCAACAAUUAUGGUGGAUGGAGUAUCCAUUGAAGUUUCAGACCCAAAAACUCGUGAAAACUGUUUGGGAGGAUAUACCUUUCUGUUAGAAUCUACAUACAUGUACAAUUUUGGGGAUAGAUUGCAGUCGCUGCUGGAAGUGAGUGGCUCAAGGACUAUUUUGGUUGAUGACAUUUGUUCAAGUAGCCAGGUCUUUGAGUGUGGAGAAAAUAUUUGUCUUACAUAUGUCAUCCCUGGAAGAUCAUCAGACAAGUUUGAUCACUUAGAUAGACUCAGUUUGUCAUAUAGAGUGAGUGAGAUGGCGUUAAUCCGUGCUGUUUUAUCUGGAAAUUUGGUUCAGUCUAUAUUGAUACCAUCAUCUGUACUUGUUUCUUCUUCUUGCUCCACAGACGAAACAGUGGUAGCAGAUUCUGAUGAGGAAAAUGAAGCAGCUACACCAGUUAAUGCAAAUGCUGCUAUCCAUAAGGAAGUAGCCCAGACUUAUGUGAGCAGUGCAGAAAUUUCCAUGGAAGCCCCUAACUGUGUGAGCAAAGCAGAAGUAUCCACAUAUCACGAUGCUACUAGAUCGGAGAGCCAAGUGACCUUCAAAGAUGACAAUUGUUGUUUGAUAGCAAGAAGAAAUAAGGCUGACAAGUCUGAAGAUGGAAGUUCUAAUAUUGUUUAUAGCCAAGAUUUAAUAGUUAGAGAUGUGAAUAUAACUUCCACUAGUAGCUAUAGAACAGACAAUGGAGUUAUAAACUACAAGCGCUUUCGCAAGGCAAGCAUUCAGUCAGGAAAUAGCUUCAACAAUCUUGUUCCAUUUUCUAAGUAUCCUCACAAAAAUUUUGAGUUUGGGAGUGGAGAAAUGGCUGAGUCUGUUAACGAGGAGAAGAAGAGAAAGAAAAUUGAAGCUAUUGCAGAGGACAUGUUUAACAAUGAAAAGGGAAGACAGCGUGGUUUUUCUGGUUCUCUUCGUAGACUUCAUACUCGGGGUUGACAAAGACCGGAAUUUUGCUUAUUGGCAUAUCCCAAAUUUUCGAGCAGUCCGCUUCUUCCAUGAAAACCUUAGUCACCAUGCGUUGUGUUGGUGGGAAAGUUUGUUUUUUGACAAAGAAAAUGGCUAUUGGUUUUUGGAUUUAAAACCAACAGGUGAGUUCAUCAACGGAUUGCUAUAGCCAAUGGGGGUAGUAACUUUGUGAAUUGUGUGAUACCUCUAAACAUGCCUCUAUUUUUAAUUUUAAGUCUGUAGAAAUCUCAAAUUUGAUUGGUAAUAUUUAUUUCUCAUAUAAAAGAGGCUAAUUGCAUCUGUUUUCCUUAAAGUUCAACCUCUUGUCCUCAGACUUUAGAAAAUACCUAUUUAUUAAAUAUUUUACACUCAAGCAAUGAAGAACAUUAAGUUACUAUUGCAGUACUAACUAAUGUGCGCAGCAGGAAAUAGAAAUAGAAUAUCAACUUUGACAUUAUAUCAUAAAAGCACGAAAUCAACAAAAUAAAUUGAGAUCUAAACAGGCAACCACCAAUGAUUGAUUUUAACAAAUAAUACUACUAAAUGCCCUAAAAAGGAGACCCUGCCACAACAAACGGAAACCAUAUAAAGCAACCCCUAAAUCAAACACAUAACUAAAAUCAAACCUUUAUAGAAUCGAAAAUAAGUUAUCACGGUAAACCAAACCAAAUCAAACAGCAAAACAAAAGGAUAAAGAGAAAAAUAAAAUAAAACUGGCAGCUACUUGAACAAUAAAUAAAUGAAGAGCAAAAGCAAACCAAAAAUGGACACAAAAUAUUACUGGACAAUAAAACUUAUGGCUGAAAAUAGAGAUUCUCGGAACAUCUGUGAACCUAGCUAUCAGCUUCUUAUCUUUUAAAGGCAAAUGUUAAUCAGUGUUUAUUGACACUGGUUAAGAUGAUUUAUAUAUAUUUACAUAAAAUGAAAAGAUUCAUAAAUUAAGAGUAAAUGAAGUGCACCACCAAAAUAUACCAGCAUAGUAGCAACUUCUUUUGUUUCAUACAGUCCAUGAUUAAUGGGACAAAUGAUCAGCACACAGUCAAAUGAAAUGAUAAUAAGAUUAACAUACAAGAAGUAAAAAUCUUAUAUAUUUGCACGAUCAUAGGACAAAAGGUUCAGAUAAAGGGGAGUUACCACACAAUCAAAUAAAGAUAUGGUCAAUAAGCAAGUAACAAUAAUCUUAAAAACUGAAUGAGGCAUUUCAAUUACUAUCAAAUAGAGAGCAAGUAAAACCAAUAAUUACAAAACAAACAUUUAAUAAGAAUCCUGAAUGAAGUCAAUAUUAUCUUUUUUUUUUUUUCAUACAUAAUCCCAAAAA